AUGGGCGACAUCGUGCGCGCCGGCUGGGUCACCAAGGAGUCGCGGCACUGGGGACGGUGGCGGCUGCGCUGGCUCGAGCUGGUGUACGAGGAGGGGACGAGCGUUCCAAACCUGUGCUCCUACAAGGCGGCGCGCAUGCAGUGGCCGGAGGAGCCGCCCCGGCCGACUGAGCGGCUUCCUCUGGUGGGCGCGACGUGCUUCCCGUGCCCUGACGACGGCACCAUGGCCGCCGGUCGGCCGCACGCCUUCGCCCUCAACCUCCGCGGGCGAGACUUUGUAUUUGCGACCGAGACGGCCGACGAGGCGGUCGAGUGGGUGCGCUCGCUCUCGCUCGCCAUCGCGGAGCUCGCUCUGCGCCUCGGCGGCGUCGAGCCGUCGAGCAUGCUCGCGGGCGGCGUGCCUUCGCCAUACGAGCCCUUCAACGCCGCUGCAACCGCCGCCGCCGCCGCCGCCGCCGGUCUAAACAGCCGCUCCGCCGAGUCGGCGUCGGCGUCGGCGUCGUCCGUCUCUUCCGGAGCGUCGUCGCGCUCCUCGCGUGGCGCGCUGCGCACUGCCUCGUGCGCAGAGUCGCUGCGCGGUUCGGCGCCGUCGCGCGUGACCGACGGCGGCGCACCCGAGGCGCCGCCCCGCGCGGACGCUGCCGCCGCCGCCGCCGCCACCGCUAGCGCUGGCGCUGGCGCUGGCGCUGGCGCUGAUGGCGGUGGCGUUGGAAAAUCAAUUCGUGGAAUCCAGUUCGAGAUGCAGUGA